AUGCUAGACUUGAGAGGCACAGCCUGCGUCUAUCUUCUUCUGAAGGGACUCACUGCUGCUCAGUUUGGUGGGGUCCGAGGUGAGCUUAGCUUUGCCACACUCACUAUCCACUUUGACCCUCGGAGGACGGCCAAAGACACUCUUCUGGCAAAACUGAUCCAGUUGGAUAAUGACGCCGGGGAGAUUGCUGGAAUUCGGAUACCGGCGAGAGAAGAAGUGUUGGACUCCAUCCUCAAAGCGCCAUGGCUGACUGUCGCCGUCGGCUUUUUCGUCGGGGCCCUGAAGCUACAGUAUAUGCGCUCGGAGGAACCUAGGAACAAGUACAAUUUAUAG